GACGGCAGGCAGGGCUACUGUUCACUUUACGAGCCUUCUUUCCACACGAGCUUUCACUAUAAAAGGGAAACUGGGACAUGAAGGUGUUUCUCACAGAAACUCGAAAGUGUAGCUGCAACGUAUGACGGCACUGCAGGCUAAUGUAGCCUAGGUCCAUAAACAAGGGUGCACCCGCCCUCUGACUAAUUACUCACUCUGGUUCAUCAUCUUGAACUCAUCAGUCGGGUGACACUGUUUAGCUCCAUCGUCUGGAAGUGGAGCGCACACGUAAUUGCCCAAGAAUGACCACGUUUCCUCAGCCAAUUAAGAAGCUCCGGACAGGGGACUCGGCUGCGCUCACUUCCUCUCCAUCGUCUCUCCUGUGUAAUCUGAGAGCGCCUUGCUGUUUGAGUGGAGUCAGCAGUGCUCAGACUGUCUCCCUCACUGAAAACUGGGCGAGCGCGCUCGCUGGCUGCAUGCAGACGGAACGGAAAAGGGUCGAAAUGAAAGCUUUGUGGACUUUUCUUUUGCUCAACGCGCUGCUGACGGCUGUUCUCAGUGCCCCACCGCGCUGUGGAGCUGGCAACUACUGGCAAGGACAAUGCAAAGUUUCAGUGGAGGUCGCGAAACCCAAAUGUGCAGACAUCACACUGGCUUACUGUGAUGACAUGCCUUACACCAAGACCAUAUACCCCAACAUCCUGGGGCAUAGGAGCCGUGAGGAGGUGGAGACAAGCACAGAGUAUCUGCUACUGAGUGUGGUCCACUCCCUGCUGAACGGAGAGUGUACUCCAGACAUCCGCAUGCUAGGCUGCUCUGUGAUUGCGCCUCGUUGCGAGAACCAAAAGAUCCUGAAACCCUGUCGCAGCACCUGCGAAGCUGUGCACAAAGUCUGUGCCCAUGCAUUCGAGAGCAUUGACAUGGCCUGGCCUUACUUCCUAGACUGUGACCGCUUCUUCGUCAGUGAAGAGGAGGGCUGUUAUGACCCCCUGGAAGGCCUGAGAGAGAGGCACGAGGUGGUGAUGGACAGUGUUCCAACAGAGGAGCCCUCAACAAUAAUCAAGUUCACCCAUCACUCCAACACACAGAUGUUCAACAUCCUUAAGAAGACAGCAGCCCAAUGUUCCCACAUUUCUAGAACAUACAGCAUUGGACAGAGUGUUGAAAAGAGAGAUCUGCUGGUAAUCGAAUUUUCGAACAACCCUGGAGAACAUGAGUUAUUGGAGCCAGAGGUCAAGUACAUUGGGAACAUGCAUGGAAAUGAAGCCAUGGGCAGAGAGUUGCUGAUUUAUUUGGCUCAGUACCUGUGCUCUGAGUACCUGCUGGGAAACACCCGGAUCCAAACCCUCAUCAACACCACGCGCAUCCACAUCCUGCCCUCUAUGAACCCUGAUGGAUAUGAAUUAGCCUUUUCUGAAAUGCAGAGUGGUGCUGACGUAGAUUAUGAUGAGGGCGCUGGAUACGUUGGGCAACUAGGUGGUCGAUACAAUGCCCAUAACAUAGACCUCAACAGGAACUUUCCAGACUUGACUUCUAUUGUCUAUAAUCGACGUAGGCUCAAGCGCUUCCGCAGUGACCAUAUUCCCAUCCCUGAUAUUUACUGGUUUGGUAAGGUUGCUCCAGAGACAUAUGCUGUUAUGAAGUGGAUACGAUCUAUUCCAUUUGUCUUGUCGGCUAGUUUCCAUGGAGGAGACCUAGUGGUGUCUUACCCUUACGACCUUUCAAAGCAUCCUCAAGAAGCCAGCAUGUUUUCUCAGACUCCAGAUGAGCAGGUAUUCAAGCAGUUAGCCAGAACAUAUGCAAAUGCUCAUGCCACAAUGUCCAGCAAAGACACAGACAGGUGUGGUGCCAACUUUGCUGACAAAGGAGGCAUUGUGAAUGGGGCUGAAUGGUUCAGCAUAGCAGGAGGUAUGGCAGACUUCAAUUAUCUCCACACAAACUGCUUUGAGAUAACAGUCGAGCUGGGAUGUGACAAAUUCCCCUUCGAGGAGGAUCUCUAUAUGGGCUGGGAGGAAAAUAAAGAGGCUCUCCUCAGUUUCAUGGAGUCGGUGCACAAGGGAAUAAAAGGUAUUGUGAAAGAUGAAAAUGGAAAUGGCAUUAAAGGAGCCACUGUGUCAAUUAAAGGGAUCAGACAUGAUGUCACAACAGCUCAAAAUGGGGAUUACUGGAGACUGUUGAACACCGGCAUCUACAUUGUAACUGCCUCAGCACCUGGUUAUACCAGAGCCAUGAAGAGGAUCCAUCUUCCAUCUCGCAUGCAGAAGGCUGGAAGAGUGGACUUUGUACUUCAAAAGUCUAAGCUUGAGCCAGAUGUUGAUGACUUUAUUAUACCAUACUUGGACAGUUAUGACCGAUUUGACCCUUACAACCAGCACGCGCGCUAUAGUAUGAGGCAAUCUGGGCAGGAAGAGGAGGAGAGGCAGGAGAAGCCUUGGUGGUGGGCCUAUUUUACACAUUCUAAUAGCCAAAAUCCUUCCUGGCUCCUGAGAAAUUAGUGCCAUCUACUGGUUUUACAGUAUCUUCACAGACUGCACAGAAUAACACAAAUUUACGCAGAACAGUUUAGCAAUUUUUUUGUAGAGAAGCCAAAAAUCUAGCCUAGAUUAUUUAACCUAAAUUAUUUCACCCAGUUAUCCUUAACCUAUUUGGUCUGUGGUAGAUUAUUCUCAGUAAAAAUCAUAACCUUCAUGUCAUUACAGUGUAGUUAUCUUUGCUGAUCAAUUUCAUGCUAUUAUAAUAUUUGAAGUAAAUACAGUUUUUACUCUUUUUGUCAUACCAUUGCAUGGGUUUGUUCAGUUUCAUCAGCAGCACACCUGAUUCAGUUUAAUGUAGGAUUGUCUGAAGCAGGUACAGAAUGGUAACUGUAAAUAAUGGGUUUCUUCAGUGAGAGCUUGAAAAAAGGUUGCAGUUUGUUACCUUUCAGUUCACCAUUCAGCUCUUGACCACAGCAGUGAUUCACUGUAAGAACAGUAAGAAUUUUAAGUGAUUUGGGUUCCAGAACGUAGAUUACAGCCCAACCACCAACCAACAUGAAAAUUGUGACUGAUACCAGUAAUGAUUGUUAAGAGGCUAGAAAUUAUGUUCACAUGUAACAAUAUUGGCUGGUGUUAUUUUAUACCUCACAUGGCCUAAAAUGGACACGCAUAGGAGAAUGCAGAAUAUUGCUGAAUGCUGUCAGUAAAUUCCAAAAUGUAGAUAGAGUGUAUGGGAAUAUAUUUUCAACAAAUUACAUAUUUGUAUGAGACAUGCACACAUGUAAUCGCUAGUAAAAGGCCCUCCUUCGAAAAAAAACUUACCAGUCACACUGACGUACACCUUGGAAUUUGUAAAAUUAUUUGUUGGAUUUUUGUUGUGGGCCCAAAUGGAAAUGUUAUAAGAAGCUUCUGUACUACUUGAAUAUACUUACCAGUAUUGUUAUACAACUCUAUUGUACCUACCAGUAUACUCACAGUACUGCUCUACUGUACACUUUCAGUAGGUCACAAUGUCAUAAAAUGAUUUUGUUACAUGGUUAAAAUAAAGUUGAUAAACUACAA